AUGGUGACUCCUCUUGAGAACAGCGCCGUCUUGGCAGGUGAUGAAAUCAGGCCUUACCGCAUUCAUGUUUCAAGCAAAUACCUCGAUCUCACGAAGCAAAAGCUGGAACUCACCAGGCUGCCUCAUGAGACUUCAGAACCCAAGUCGCAAGACUGGUGGGAGCCGAAACCCCGGAUCGAGCCGCUCGUUGACUACUGGCUUGAAAAGUAUGACUGGCGAGAACAAGAGAGGCUCUUCAACGCACAGCUCCCUCAAUUCCGUACAGCAGUCCUGAUUCCGGGCACCGAGUCUUCCGUGCGGUCUCACUUCAUCCACGUCAGGUCGUCUCACAGCAAUGCAGUCCCCCUGCUCUUGAUUCCUCCUUUCCCCUUCACAAAUCUCUGCCUCCAGCACCUUAUUCAGCCUCUCGCGGAGCCGGAGGAUCCGGAGAAUAAGCAGCCUUUCCACGUGGUGAUUCCCUCUUUGCCUGGUAUCGGCUUCAGCGAUGCGCUCCCAAGUAACACGUCCGUCAUCUCGGCGACGGCUGAGGUCCUUAACACCGUUAUGACAAGACUUUCGUACUCAACAUACGUCGCGACAAACACAGCUUCGGCCACCUCAAGUCCUGCAGAAAUCGACUGGAAAAUCGCAAGCUACCUGACAGCGCACUACCCCAACAGCUGCGUAGGCGCCCACUUCAUCAACCCGUCCAUCAAGGCACCAACUGCACAGGCAGCGCCCCUGGAGUGGAUGAAGUGGUCCAUCGCAAAGUUCUUCCGCGCCCCAGUACUGGGAUACCAGCGCGAGGACUUCGCUUCCUUGGACCGGGUCUCCAAAUCGCCAGCGACCCCUCCGCCAGACAUGCUGGAACCAAACACGCCAUCCUUCGCCCUCUGCGACUCGCCGGUCGGGCUCCUCGCGCUCGUGCUCAAGGUCCUCCGCGUCUUAGGAGCGCAUAAGCAGUUCUCACCAACAGAGAUCGUCACUCUGACGCAGACGGCGUGGCUUCCCGGCCCCGAGGCCGCACUGCGCUUCUGGGCUCACUGUCUUGCCCACGAGGAGGAGGCGCCACCGAAGCCGGCUACAAAGCCUAAGAUUGCAAUGACGGUGUUUACUGGCGAAGCGGCCACUGGGCUGAGUGAUGUCGAAGCGCAAAUCGUCGCGCCCCGUCCGGCGUCAGUCUCAUACGCGUGUCCGGCCUGGGCGAAGGUCUCGUACAAUCUCCUCCACACGCGGCGGGCAUCGGCAACGCCGGGCUUGGUCGCCUGGGACGCUCCAGAAUACAUCUUUGAAGGAGUCCGCGGCCUGACGAAAGAACUCAUGGCCAUCCCCAAUACGCUGAAACGCUCCGACCAGACCACUGCGCCGCUGCAGGGCGUCAGUGUCCAGGGUGAUGGCUCACAAGGAGCGCAACAGAUGGCUAAGACUACUGGUAGCGAUAACGUGCCAUCGACGCCGCAGGCCGAGGCUUCGUGGCGCCUUGAGAGGAUUCGCGAGGCUUCGGAGACACCCAACAAGUCGCAAAAGGACGGCGGAGGGGCGGAGGCCGACUUUGAUCAGGCUAGUCCUGAUACCAUCGUGGUCACCCCUCCAGGGAACUGA